CAGGCAGGCUGGCAGCCAGGCGGCCAGGCGAGGCAGUCAGUCGGCAUCGGCACGGUGCUGGUAAAGCAGUCAUCCGUCGUGCGGCUCGGCUCGGCUCUGCGGCGCUCUGCGGCGCGCUUCACUCACUCGCACCGGUCAGGCCGUCAGGCAGACUCGAGCGAGUUCCGCUGUGUUCGCAUCGUCGUAUCGUAACGUCAGUGCGUCACCGCAGUGAUACACGGCGCGAGCAACGCCCACCAACACACGGACACCCUCCACGUCGACGUGGACGUCGUGAACCUCAAGUCCGCCAAGUCCUGCCAGUCCAGCCAGCUCCCUGGAACGGCGCUGGAACGUCCGCGUCGCGCCGUCGGAAACCCCCAGGCCUGUCUGCAGCGUCUGCAGGCCGAGCCGUCGGGCACUCCGGCCGUGAGUGCGUGUGUCUGAGCCCGGGAAGAAAUCAGCACUUCUUGUUGUGCACCAGCGCAGCGCGCCGACUGGCCGAGGCUAGAGGAUAACCGCCGUCGCCCUGCACGGCACCGGCCCCCGUUUCCCAGAAAGGUCUCCAACCCCCGCCAGCACCAUGGCGCAGUUCGCCAGCAACAUCGUGCACUACUACCGGGACCUCAUGGACAACAAGAGCGAUCCCCGGGUCAACAACUGGCCCAUGAUGUCCUCCCCGGUGCCGACCGUCGCCAUCUGCCUGAGCUUCGCGUACCUCGCCAAGGUGGUGGGCCCCCGCCUGAUGGAGAACAGGAAACCCUUCAACCUGAGGAACACGCUCAUCGCCUACAACGCCUUCCAGACCGCCUUUAGCACGUGGAUAUUUUACGAAUAUUUAAUGAGCGGUUGGGCCGGCGAGUACAGCUUCCGUUGCCAACCUGUGGACUACUCCAACAGCCCUUCAGCAAUGAGGAUGGCCAACACAUGCUGGUGGUACUAUUUCUCCAAGUUCACUGAAUUCUUUGACACUCUGUUCUUUAUCCUUCGCAAAAAGAAUGAGCAUGUGUCAAUGCUGCAUGUUAUCCACCAUGGAAUUAUGCCUUUCUCUGUUUGGAUGGGCGUGAAGUUUGCUCCAGGUGGCCACAGCACUUUCUUUGCUCUCCUGAACACCUUUGUGCACAUAAUCAUGUACUUCUACUACAUGGUAUCUGCCAUGGGGCCCAAAUACAGGCGGUUAAUCUGGUGGAAGAAAUACGUCACCUCAAUUCAGAUGGUUCAGUUUGUUCUCAUUAUGGCCCAUCAGUUCCAGUUGUUGUUCACUGACUGCAAUUACCCCAAGAGUUUCAUGGUUUGGAUCGGCCUCCACGGCUUGUUGUUCUUCUUCCUGUUCUCAGACUUUUACAAAACCAGUUACAGUGCCAAAAACCAAAAGAAACCUUCCCAAAAUGGAGGAGCCUGCAUGCCUGUUCUUGAUGAAACAACGGACGGGAAUGCCAACCGCGCCAAUGGCAAAGCGCACUCUCCUAGUGAUUAUGAAAGCCCUUAUAGCAAAGCAUACUCAAGCUGUUACUCAAAUGGUAUCAGUAAUGGAUAUGUGUCAUCAGACGGUGUUAGUAGAGAAAAUCGCAAAACCCAAUAAUGUUUUUGUUAUUUUGACUGUGUUAACUUUCUUACUUUGUAUAUUUAAACAGUUAGGGAAAUGUUAAAAACUUUCUAAGCUCCAACAUAAUUGUGGAAGAACGUGUAGGGAAUAUUUUACAGAAAAGGUUUUUAAAACUUUUUGUAUAUUUUUUGAAAAAAAUUUUACAUUGUUUUCUUUUUGAAGUUAUGUCUCAGUAGCUUAUCAAUGUCAAUCUUUUGACUGAUUUGUAACAUGUUUUACUCUUUCAAAUCAGAGUUUACAUAUCUCUUUUAAAUGCAAACAUAUCUGUAUGGCUAGAUUAAAAACUGCAAGAGAUGCUGUACUCUUUGACUGUAGCUAUACUGUAAAAGUUAAUUUUUCAUUCUAUAAUUUGUGCAGAUUGGAAAGUUUAAAAUCUGUUAAAUUAAAUUUUGUUUAACUUAAGAAUGAAAACAAUUUUUUUUUGUUAAUUUUUAACUAUGUAGUAAACUUGUGAAUUAAAUAUUGUAUUUUGUAGGUGACCAAAAACCUUAAUUUUCUGUUGCUCUAGUAUUAAGUUCCUUAAGUAGAAGAUUAUUUGUUAAGACUUGCUUACUACCUUCCUCUCUUGUACUAUAUGUAUGGUGCUUCGUCACUGGUUGCCAAAAUUAACCAUCAAAUUUAUUUUUUGGAUGCAUAAGUUUAGUAAUACUUCCAAAAAAAGGAAAAGAAAAAAACAAUCUUGAUUUAGCAUGCGUAGUAUAAAGUGCAUUUCUGUUAAAUUUAGCUGCACCAGUUAUAUAGGAUUCGGCCCAUCACUCUCCCUGUGGCCUUGUGCUUAUUUAUUAAACUUAUUCAUCAAGUCUCGACAAUACAAAUCUAGAAGGAAUCUAUGGUAAAUUGUUUAGCUAGACUGGAUGUUUGUAACAAAACUAUGAGGGAUCUAUCUAUCGUCUCUGAUGUGGUUCUCGUAUCUUUAGCUAUUCUUGAAUCUUUAUGUUCAAGACGGGACCAACAGAAGAGGUGUUACAUUGAACACAUGGGAAAUGCCUGACUAGAGGAACAUUUUCCCGGCAGAUUUUGAGAUCUUUCAUUUUAUCUCUGCCUUAUUGUCCAUUGAACAUAGGAUAGUACUUGAUCAUUACUGUCAACACUUUGAGGUCUGAUUAGCAAACAAUUUUUUUUAUUUUAUAUUUUUAAUGUAUCUAUAGUCAUUCAAUUGGCAUAACAUCUAAUCUGUUGUUAUGAAAUCAUCAUAAAUUUUAUGCUGUGUUUUGGCUCUGAAGGAGGAUGACUUGUGUAAUCAGGUAGUGCUUUUAUUGGUUCAAACUCAAAGCAAUAAAACAAAACAAAAAAGUCAACAAAUUUAAACUGUAGAAACUUUGCCAAAAUAAUGUUAUGUAGAGGUGCCUUGCUUCUGUGCAUAUCUAGACCUCAGGAUUGUUCAAUUAGUGUGUUCCCUGAAACAUUGAUCAUUUGAUCAUUAGUUUGUGGUUUUAAUUCCAGGCCAUUCCAACCAAAGUUGAGUCUUUUUUUUAGUUUCUUUCAAAGUUCUGACAAUAAAGAAGUCAUAUGGAUCGAAUGGUCAGGUCAGAGAAAGAGAAUGCGGUUAAUAGCCAAUAUCUGUGUCUUAAAAUUUUGUUUUCAAUCUUUUGAAUCCAUUGUAAAUAGCUGUUAGAACUUAUUGCCCUGUUUUCAUAUACUGUUCCUUAUUUGAAAUCCUUGCUUUACAUCAAUUGGACCAUGGAAAUCUUGGUUAUUUUUUCUACCACUAUUGUGUCCAUACUUUAAAAGCCUGCAUAUUGUUGUAAGCUGUUAUUUUUGUACAUAAGUUAGGAAAAACUAUUAAAAAAAAAGAACAAGUGAA